UUGGUAGGUGGAGGGAACAGUGUUGGCAAACAACUUUUUUUUUUAUUUUAAGAGUAUUUCUAGCGUGUAUUAUGAUCCGAUUAAGUGCUUUGGGUCAAUGUUUUAAUCCGCAUUGUAACUGGGUUACUUCAACUGUCAUCAGUGGAUUAUAAAGAAGGCUGCUAACACUUUUAUUCCUGACAUUUCUGACGUGAUUGAGAUUUAUUCAGCUUUCGGCAGACAGAACCGCGCCUGCGUGGAGCUACCUGAUCUCUCCCCCCUCCGACACCCCGGCUCCUCCUUCACCCUCCCCCCCGGCAGUUCAUAUCUGUGCCCGGAGGUUUGAAUCUGCUCUGUGGCCCCAGCAGCCGCCAUGCUGAGCUGAGAGACCCGACUAACUUUCACGCCGCAACUUCUCCUCGUCCUUCCUUCGUGAAAUUAGGAAGACUUCCGCGCGGUGAACUUGUGCUCCAACAUUAGGUCCUGCUUCUAUCGUCUUCAUCCGUUUCCAGCUGUGUGAGGAAGGCAAAGAGAAGUUUUAAUGAAUCAGUUUUCGCUAGCCGACGCCAUGGCCGACAACCUGAGGAUUUUAUAAUUCUCUCCCGCCGAAGACCGUCGCAUCUUUUAGGAGCCACAGGUCAGAAACUCUACUCCUCUACCUCCUCCCUAUUUGUUGUUGUACCAGCUGCUGCUAAGGUGCUGCAAGCUUCAAUGGUUAACGUCACGGUUUCGAAGCUAUCGGAGUCCAAUAUGGGGUUUGGCGUGCUGGGGGUGUUUUUGGGGCUACUCCUGGAGGUCUCCACCCACGGACCCCACACUGUGCCUCGGACAUCUUGGAAGCACCAGGAUUUGGGUCUGAUGGAGUUUUCGGAGCCCGGGAUCUUCAACUACUCCACUCUGCUGCUGAGCGAAGACAAAGCGGCGCUGUACGUGGGAGCCAGAGAGGCCAUCUUUGAGCUCAGCAUGACGAAUGUGACCAUCAGAAAUAACAAGGUUCAGUGGACGGUCGCAGAAACCCCCAUGAACAAGUGCGCACAGAAGGGGAAAUCAAGAGAGAGGGAUUGUCUGAACUACAUCCGGGUGCUCCAAGUUUUAGACGAUGAGCGGCUGUACGUCUGCGGGACGUACGCCUUUCAGCCUCAGUGUGAUCACUUGAACCUUGGUGACUUUUCGUUGGAGGGUCGGACCGAAGACGGCAGAGGGAAGUGCUCCUUUGACCCGUCACAAAGCUUCACCACGGUCAUGGUUGAUGGAGACCUGUACUCUGGGACAGCUUACAACUUCCUGGGGAGUGAACCCAUCAUUUCCAGAUAUUCCCAGUCCCACUAUCUUUUGAGGACGGAGUAUUCCACCUCAUGGCUAAACGAGCCGAGUUUCGUGUUUGCCGACGUGAUCAGAGGCGGGAAAAGCAGAGCAGAUGGGGAGGACGACAAAAUCUAUUACUUCUUCACCGAAGUGUCGGUCGAAUACGAAUUCUUUGGCAAGCUGCUCAUCCCCAGGGUGGCUCGCGUCUGUAAGGGGGACCUUGGCGGCGAGCGCACGCUGCAGAAGAAGUGGACGUCUUUCCUGAAGGCGAAGCUGGUGUGCUCCAUGCCGGAGCUCAACUUCGUUUUCAAUGUGGUGCACGACAUUUUCACUCUGAAGGGGGCGGAGUCAAAAGACACCAUUUUCUAUGGAGUCUUCACCUCUCAGUGGGGGAACGUGGGUUUAUCCGCCGUGUGCGCCUAUAACGCCACCGCAGUGGAGGAGGUCUUCUCCAAGGGGAAGUACAUGCAGAAGGCCACCGUGGAACAGUCGCACACCAAGUGGGUGCGAUUCAACGGCCCCACCCCGUCUCCACGCCCCGGAGCAUGCAUUAACAACCUGAUGAGACGGCAGAACAUCAACAGCUCCCUCCACCUGCCUGACAAAACCCUCCAGUUUGUGAGGGAUCACCCCCUGUUAGAGGAUCCCGUCCUGCCCAUCGGCAACAAGCCGCGCCUCAUCACCAAAGACGUCAACUACACCCAGAUCGUGGUGGAACGAGUCGGCGCGCUGGACGGAAACACCUAUGACGUCAUCUUCACUGGAACAGAUAAAGGGAUUCUUCACAAGUCGGUGUUGUUUGAAGGAGAGGUUCACAUUGUUGAGGAGAUGCAGCUGCUGAGGAGCGACGAGCCCAUCAAGAACCUUCUGCUCUCCACUGAGACGCGGUCCCUGUAUGCUGGUUCGGACUCUGGCGUUGUGCAGGCGCCCACCGCUUCCUGCAGCAGGUACACGUCCUGCCACGACUGCGUCCUUGCCCGAGACCCAUACUGUGCCUGGGACCCGAAAACCAACGCCUGCAUCAGUAUCUUUGACGCCCCUGGUCAGCAGCGCAGGAGGCUCGUCCAGAGUCUGAGGGGAGAUGCAGACAGGUGUCCUCCAGUGGCAUCUCCGUCUCAGAAGGACUUCCAGCGAGUGCCGGUGAAGCCGGGGAGCUCCGCCGUGCUGCCGUGUCUCCUGAACUCCAACCUGGCUCAGGUGAUGUGGCGGCUGAACGGCUCCGUCCUCACCGAGGCGUCCCGCUUCCACUUCAUCGGCGAAAACGGGCUCCUCAUUUACAGCGUGGCUCCUGAGGAACAGGGCUACUACGAGUGCUGGAGCGUGGAAUGGGUUCCCGCCGCCGGGAAGAACUUCAGCCGCCUCCUGCAUGGAUACGUACUGACUCUGGAUCUUCCUGUCAGAACCGCGCAGCAACCCAGAAACGGGAGCGGCUCCAUCAGCGGGCCGGAGGGGCGGAGCACAGCCUCAGCCGAAGGUAACGUAAAGGCAGGCAGAACCGCUCUAACUUCAGCCAGCUUCACCACCGCAGCCCUCCUCACCACCACCCCCCAAACUGAUCCAUCACUAACUGCGCCCUCCAGCAGCACCGUCAAGGUUCUGCGUAACCAGCACGUUCUCUCAAACCCCGUCGUUCCCCAUCCGGGCAACCAGGACCCCGAGGCCGAGUAUCUGCAGCACAGCAACGGCAUGGCCUACCUGCUGCUCUUCCUCCUCUUCUUCGUCCUCUUUCUGGCCGCCCUGGUGUACAACUGCUACAUGCAGUACCUCCCCGCCCGCUGCUUGAGGCUGCGAGCCGCUCUUCUGGGCAGCCACAAGAGCGCCCACCAACCAGAGUACAGGGCGUGCGAGGCGGGGCUGAUGGAAACCUCUGUGCAGGAAAAGGUCAACCUGAGCGACCAGCCCACGCAGAACGGCACCCAGAGCCUGCGGGCGCUCCGAGACACGGGCUACGAGACCGAGCCCGAGUGCGGCAACGGCCAGAUCCCCCCUCACAGCUACAGAGCGGACAGCCCCUCCCAGGAGAAACCCUUCGACAUAGACGGCGACUCCCAGUCCAUCAAGUUUGCAGACGCAGACGAAUGCUAGCCAGAGGCUUCCCUCUGCUGUCACUCAUCUGCUGGUGAAGCCAUACAGAUGAACCUGAGUUUAGUCUGGUUUGAGUAACUCAUUCAUGUAAGGAAACCAGCUCAGUCCAGCAAGUAAAGCUACUUCUUACAUUCCAAAUUGGAAACAUUGUUUACCAAAUUGGUAAGUUUCUCUGACGCUUUCCUUAAAACACUCCUACUUAUGUACAGCUUUUUUUUCCUCAUUAAUGCUCAAAGCGUCGCGGUUAUUUCUCAGGGACGAGUUGCUCUGUGUGAACUGGACUGACUUUGAGGAGAAAUGUUGGGCAGCACCUGAGAUGAGGAGGUGCUGCAGCUGAAACAGUCGAAGAAAUGCUGGAAUGUAUCAACCACUGUCUCCAAGUGACACUGAUGUUUUGUUUUUUGUACCUGUGACGUGAACUCCCGGAUGGUUUUGUGAUUUAACCUUCAGGUUAAUAGAUGAAGGAUAAAGCUUGAGCCCUGAAACAUUUUUUUUCUUUUUUUUUGGCACAUCUGCUUUAUUUUAAUACCAUUAACCCUCCACUUGUUUUAUUUAUUGAAGAUUCUUUUUCUCUGCAUGUAGAAUUUCCUCAACUCUCUUCUUCAUCACUUCCUCACAGCCUCCUCCUCUUCUUCUUCUUCUUCCACCAAACUUCACACUCGGGAGGCGGAGGUGAGACUCCUGCCUCCCCUGCUGAAGGACCAGGCCUGGGGCCUUCACGCCCACGAGGCCUUGCUGCUCUUCUGCCUCGCUCUGGGUGAGUGGCGCCUGUGGUUCUGGAACCGGCCCUCACUCCUCUCAAACGCUCGGCUUGGAAGUCUUUACCACUCGGCUCUUUAACGUUUACUCCUGCAUGCUGGUUUUACUGAAACAAAAACUAACGGAGUGAAGGAAAAAAUCUACAAACUUCACUGGAGUUCCUUCUUGAACUGUCCACCUUUCAUUCUGUACAGUUUAAAACAUACUCAAGUCUUUUUAUCAUCCAGAGCUGCCAGUAAAUAGUCAAAAACUGUAUUUUUUUUUUGUUGAAAUUUUUGGCUUGUAAAAAUUUGUAAUUAAAUCUGUAUAUAUGGAAAAUACAUUGUAAAGUUGUACAUAAGUUAAGGGAGCGUCCAGUGGCUCUUGCUAGGAAGGUAAAUAAAGCCUUUAAAAAGUUUUUUUUUCUAAAUGGUUUGUUUUCUUAACUUUUUUAAAUCUUCAGUCUUUUGUGAAGUGUGUCAAGUGAAGCUACGUCAUUGUUUGUCAUGUUUUUGAAUAGAAACAAACCUUUUUGUCAUUGCGCUCUAUUGCAUGUGAGUAAAAACAGUUUAUCUGAA